AUGCAACAAAACAAAAUCCUCGAUGCUAUUUUGAACGUCAGAGUUCGUCUGCACAGAUUAGAUGUUCAGCAGACGGUGCUGAUUAAAGAAGAAGCUCCUGAAGAAUGGAGUUCUGGUGUGGACCAGAAGGACCCAGAGACCCUCAACAUAAAGGAGGAAGAGGAGGAACCGAGGACCAGUCUGGAUGUGGAGCAGCUCGGUGUGAAGGAGGAGACUGAUGACACCAGGUUCUCCUUCACUGCAGUUCCUUUGAAGAGUGAGGACGAUGAAGAGAAACCUCUGCUCUCUCAGCUUCAUCAGCACCAAGUGGAAGAUGGAGAUCUUCCAACCAGCAGCUCAGCUGACCAGAUGAAAGCAGCAACUGGUGGAGGAGCAAAAAUUCAGUUCUACAAAUUAGUGUUCCCUGCUGAUGGUCAGCAGAUUAUACUGAUUGUAGAAGGUUCUGAAGAAUGGAGAUCUGAUAUGGACCAGAAGGAUCCAGAGCUCCUCCAUAUGAAGCUUCAUCAGCACCAAGUGGAAGAUGAAGAUCUUCCAACCAGCAGCUCAGCUAACCAGAUGAAUACAGCAACGGUUAGAGAGGACUGUGGAGGAGCCGGAAAUACCAGGAACCCAGAUCUAAAUACUCAUAAAGAUGGUUCCAGCUUUUCAGAGACUGAAGACAGUGAGGAUGAUGAUGAAGAUGUGAAUGAUCCUGAUUCUCAGCUGAAAGACUCAUCAGACUCUGGAUCAGAACCUGAAGACCAUGACAAAGACUGGGCUCCUGAGUCGGGUGUAAACACUGUCACCAAAUCUUGCAGUUUCUCUGAGUGUGAUAAACAAUUUCUUCACAAGGAGUCUGUUCAGAGAAACACGACGGAUCAUUCAAGAAAAAAGUCCUCAAGUUGUUUGGUUAGUGAGAAAUGUUUUAGAGUGAAGAAAACUGGAGGCUCAAACAAAAAAAUCCAGCCAAGUCAGAAAUCUUUUAGUUGUGAUGACUGUGGAAAAAGAUUUAGACACAAGUCAUAUUUAAACAUACACAUAAGAAUCCACACAGGACAGAAACCAUUUGCUUGUGAUCUUUGUGGACAAAAGUUUGGAGAUCAGUCAAAUUUAAUGAAACACAUGAGAAUCCACACUGGACAAAAACCAUUUGCUUGUGAUGUCUGUGGACAAAGGUUCAGCCGCAAGUCACAUUUAAACUCGCACAUGAUAAUCCACACAGGACAAAAACCAUUUGCUUGUGAUGUUUGUGGAAAAAGAUUUGGACACAAGUCAUAUUUAAACAUACACAUGAGAAUCCAUACAGGACAAAAACCAUUUGCUUGUGAUGUUUGUGAACAAAGGUUCUCAAGCAAGUCACGUUUAAACAGACACAUGAUAAACCACACUGGACAUAAACCAUUUGCAUGUGAUGUUUGUGGACAAAAGUUUAGAGAUAAGUCAGAUUUAAUGAAACACAUUAGAAUCCACACUGGACAGAAACCAUUUUCUUGUGACCUUUGUGGACAUAAGUUUGGAUACAAGUCAAAUUUAAACAAACAUCUGAGAAUCCACACUGGACAUAAACCAUUUGCUUGUGAUGUCUGUGGACAAAGGUUCAGCUGCAAGUCACAUUUAAACUCACACAUGAUAAUCCACACAAGACAAAAACCAUUUGCUUGUGAUGUUUGUGGAAAAAGAUUUGGACACAAGUCAUAUUUAAACAUACACAUGAGAAUCCAUACAGGACAAAAACCAUUUGCUUGUGAUGUUUGUGGACAAAGGUUCUCAAGCAAGUCACCUUUAAACAGACACAUGAUAAACCACACAGGACAGAAACCAUUUGCGUGUGAUGUUUGUGGACAAAUGUUCAGCCGCAAGUCACUUUUAAACUCGCACAUGAUAAACCACACUGGACAGAAACCAUUUGCAUGUGAUGUUUGUGGACAAAAGUUAAGAGAUAAGUCAGAUUUAAUGGAACACAUGAGAAUCCACACUGGACAGAAACCAUUUUCUUGUGACCUUUGUGGACAUAAGUUUGGAUACAAGUCAAAUUUAAACAAACACCUGAGAAUCCACUCAAGAACAGAAAACAGUUCACUUUUAAAUAUGAAGACAGUUUCUAAUGACACUUAAGAGUUCACCCAAAUUUUAAACAACAGUUCUGGCGUUUUUUGUAAAGACUAUUGUUUGAAUUAUUGUUUUCCAUAACUGCAGUAGUUUUUAUUUGCAGUAAUGUGUGCCUUUGAACCAACCUAAAGUAUUCAAGAAUACAAUUAUAGAUACUA